AUGACCACCCCGGCGCUGAACCGCACAGCCGGUCUCUAUCUCGCCGCCGCCGCCCUGCGCCUGCUGCUGUUCGCCGGCUUCCCUGGCCUGCCCGACCUGCUGACCGGCCGUGUCGAGCUGUCCACCCCCGUCGACAGCUUCAAGAGACUGCAGGAGGGCCUCUUUCUGUACAACCACAACGUUUCCCCUUACGAUGGCGGCGUCUACCACCAGGCGCCUUUGCUGCUGCCUCUGUUCUCGCUGCUCCCCGACCCCGCGGCGUAUCCCAUCUUUACGUAUGUCCUCUACAUAGCGGUCGACCUGCUCAGCGCCCACGCCCUGUACCAGAUCGCCGAGUCCGGAGAGGCGGGCGCCUCGAGGCUGUUCAAGUCCCCGCGUCGCGACAAGAAAUGGAGUGGCUAUGCCGUCGCCGCCUUGUUCCUCCUCAACCCCUUUACCAUAGCGACAUGCCUGGCCCGCCCGACCACCGUCUUUACCAACUGCGCCAUACUGCACGCCGUCGCCAAGGCCAUCGCGGGCAGCACCUUCACCGCCGUCCUGUCGUUGUCUAUGGCGGCCUAUCUGUCCAUGUACCCGCUGCUGUUGUUUCCGCCCCUGAUCCUAUUGGCAUAUGACCGAACACAUGGCGCCAAGAGUCAAUCGCUCCUCCUGUUUGCCGGGAAGAGCACCGCUGCCGCCGUCGUGGCAAUGCUAUUAUUCGGCUUGUCGUCUUACGCCCUCACUGGGUCCUGGGAGUUCCUCGACUCGACGUACGGCAUUCAGCUCACUCUCACGGACCUAACUCCGAAUGUUGGUCUCUGGUGGUACUUCUUCGUUGAGAUGUUUGACAGCUUCCGCUCCUUCUUUCUCGGCGUCUUCUGGCUGCAUCUCUCGUCCUAUGCGCCCGCCUUGUGUAUCAGGAUACGGCACCAGCCGCUCAUGGUUGUGACACUUCUUCUUGGCGUCUUCGCCAUCUUCAAGCCGUACCCCAGCGUCGCCGACACCUCCCUCUUCUUGGCCCUGGUCCCCUGCUUCCGAUACAUCUUCCCGCUCCUGCGGUACAGCUUCCUGAGCGCUUCCGUCGUUCUCUAUGCCACCUUCCUCGGCCCCGCCUUCUACCACCUGUGGAUCUAUGCCGGCAGUGGAAACGCCAACUUCUUCUACGCCAUCACCUUGGUUUGGAGUCUCGGCCAGAGCCUUCUCGUGAGCGAUCUGGCGUUUGCCGCCCUCCGAGACGAGUGGGAGGUUGAACGGCCCGAGAUGAAGGGCAAGCAGAUCAGGCAGAUCUAG